UUUUGAUUAAACAUGAACGGAAUUUGAAUGCGUAGAAAACCCCAAAUAUUGUAGUUGUCGCACUCGGUUUUGAGAGUGGAGACAUUUUGUUUGAGCGCGUGAAGGCGCCAAGCGUGACUACACUGAAGGUGUGCUUGUUGUUAAGUGCUUCCCCCAGAGUAAAGCGGACGGACUUGUGGGCACGUUGCAAUCAGUGUUGCAAGAGGACUGCUUCAACAGCCGUACGGCAAGGUGUGCUGUGUCGAACAACAACAACCGAAAAGGACUUCCUGUUGAAGCGGAGGGGUACCCUCCCCGGGCGCUUGGUGAACACCAUGUGCCCACACUGGUGUGGUCGUAGCACUGCCCUUUAAGACCAAGCUGAGCCUCUCGCUUCCCCUGUCUCCGCACGAUGACGAAGGUAGCGGCAUGGUCGGCCGAGGAUGUGGCCGACUGGCUGAGUAAAGAGGGCAUGCUGGAGUACAUAGACGCCCUCCGGCAGACAGACGGCGCCGGCUUGCUACGGCUCACACGGGCGCACUUCCAGAUGCCGCCGCUUCUUCUGGUGUCCUCGGACGGCGGGCAGCAGCUGCUGGAGCGGCUGGAGACUCUGCGGAUCGAGACCCACAUCGAGGCUCACAAAAACGGCCACACCAACGGGCACGCUGGCGGGCUGCCCAACGGCACCAGUACACCCCUGAGGAACGGUGCCGUGCAACCCGCAGACUCCAGGAUGGAGAUGGUACACAUUCCCAUCCCUCCCAUGGAAACCCUGCGCUCCUCCUUCCCUCCUGAGUGGGGGAAGACGGGCGUGGCGUUCCUAUACGCGGUGGUGUGCUUCAUCACCACCACCAUCGUCAUAUCGGUGGUCCACGAGAGGGUACCUCCCAAAGAGCACACCCCGCCACUGCCCGAUAAGUUCUUCGACCUGUUUGACAGGAUAGAGUGGGCCUUCUCCAUCUGCGAGAUCAACGGCAUGCUGCUGGUGGGGCUGUGGCUCAUACAGUGGCUUCUUCUCAAGCACAGGUCAAUCAUAGGCAGGCGCUUCUUCUUCAUUGUGGGUACGCUCUAUCUGUACCGCUGUGUUACAAUGUACAUCACCACUCUGCCUGUUCCUGGGAUGCACUUCAGAUGCUCUCCAAAGCUUCUGGGCGACUGGGAGGCGCAUUUGAGGAGAGUGAUGAAGAUGAUCGCCGGUGGCGGCCUGUCCAUCACGGGCUCUCACACCAUGUGUGGAGAUUACCUGUACAGCGGCCAUACUGUCAUGCUGACGCUAACAUACCUCUUCAUCAAGGAGUAUUCCCCCAGACGCUUCUGGUGGUACCACUGGUUCUGCUGGACCCUGAGUGCCGUGGGAGUGUUCUGCAUCCUUCUGGCCCAUGACCACUACACGGUGGACGUGGUGGUGGCCUACUUCAUCACCACGCGCCUCUUCUGGUGGUACCACACCAUGGCCAACCAGCAGGCGCUGAAAGAGACGUCGCAGAGUCACCCCUUCUCGCGGGUGUGGUGGUACCGGCCGUUCCAGUACUUGGAAGAGAACGUCAGCGGCACAGUGCCUCGCACCUACCAGCUGCCGCUGUGGGUGCGGUCCGUGCCAUGGAGCCGCAGCGUGGCCUACAGCAGGCUGGAGGUCCAGUGACGCUCGGUCACGGCGGCGGGCGGGACUGUGGACUCCAAACGUGGAGGAAGAGUUUUAUGUAGCGCUGAAAAGCAGGCCAUCCCGCUCCAAAACGGGGAAAACUGUGACCCACCUUCUCCUUCUUUGUGUGUUUGUGUGUCCGUCCUCUUCCUCUGCAGGUAGUAUCUGACAACAGAGCACUAAUCUUUUCAUUUCCUAACACUUCUGCUUUUCUUGCAGAACGUCAAGCAUUUCUAAAACCUUCUUUUAGCACAAAACGGCCGUGGCCCCCCAGUGUUGAGUCCAGAAUGCCAAAUGCAUUUUCUUAAAAGCAAUUUAUGUUUUCUAAAGUUGCUAAACAAAAAAAAAGUGAAAAAAGUGAAAAAUGCUAUUUUUUUUAAGCGUGUUUAUUUUUAAACAAGAACAACAAAUAAUGUCUACCAAAAAUGUUUUUUUUUUUUUUUUUACAUUUCUACCUUUUUCAAGACAUAAGAAGAAGCAAGGAAAUCUCUCAGUGCCUUUCUUAGCGUGAUUGUAAAAAAGUCCAACAAGUCAAGAGUGUCUUGCUUCCCUUCCCUCGCUAGGGGCUUCCUGUGCCCUUGAAUGUAAAAAGCCUUACUGUAGGACUGGUCUUCCCUGCUACGUAUUUAUAAGUCGUGCUUUAUGGCGCGUGAGGAAUGACUUCUUUGUCCUUUCUCUUUAGUUUCUUUGAAAUGUCCGCCACAUUUCAUUCCUCCAGAUGAGUCUUGAAGCAAAUAGCAUCCAUGGUUUCCCAGUCAUGUGAGAAUAGUCUGGAGUUUCCCAGACAGUCAAAAAGGAGCUAGAGGCAAAGUUUCUGUGUGAAAUGAUCCUGAAUGCGCUUCAUAUGUUUUCCGUGCAUUUCAGCGAGGAGACUUUCUUUACUGCCAGUAUUUGGUUUCACACUGCAUCACUAGCCCCUUUCACACAGAAAUACGGCAGUAGCUCUGGCAUUUUAUAUGCCGUUUACUUGUGGGACAGCAACAAUUGCUUUCAACACAACAGGGCAGAGGAAGUGGGUGUGUCCUGGCCGUGGGGAACACCCUGACACACAGGACUUUGGCCCACCUCUGUUACAGCUCAAGCCCCUUUUAACGCUGCCUUUCAAGAUAGCUUUUUUUCCUGUGUAAACAGCAUACGUUGGGGGUUAGAAACUGACCUGCAAUCCGUCUUUAGAGGUAGUAACAGAGGCAGGACAGGCCACCUGAAAUCACUUCUCACUCCUUGCUCUUUUCACACUGCCUGGCUUUUUUCCACCUUUUAUACGUGUCGUUCUGUAUGAACGUCACUGCCGAGGAAUGGUGCCUAGAAAUGUUCCGUUUUGGAGCCAACAGCUACCAGAGCAGUAACAGAGGAGGAAUUGCGCUGGAAAGAUGAGACAAUAGGUUUUUUUUUCCCCGGCCCAUUUCCGCACAUCACUGUUCUGUCUGAACUGCACCAAGUAGCUAGCGCUUGCUGGACGGGCGCUUUCACCCAAGACUCAACUUGUCCCAGCUCUUGCCCCUUUCAAACAGCCUGUCAAAGCUAUCCUUUUCGUGGUGGCUAGAAGUGGACCAAGCAGCGGGCUAGAAUGCUGGAAGGGUGGAUCAGUGGGGUCACCUCUCCCAGCUCCUUUCCCACAGGCUGUAAAGCAACCUUUGCUAACACGGAAUUGGGGUUAGAAAUUGAGCAGGCUAUUUUCCACCUUCUGAUGUAGUUGAGGCAUGCUGGAAAGGAGGGGCCGGCACCUUUCGCACUGCCUUUUUUCCUUCCUAUUUUCCUUGUUUCAACGGCGCUGACAAGGAAUGGUGGGUAGAAUCCCACCAGGCAAUUUCCUGCCGUCACAGGUGACACAAAAGCAGCGCCUGAGGCAGGAUGGUGAGAUCCCACGCUCACGUCCCCUGCCCUGCUAUGUUGCUGCUGGGUGGGCAGGAUGUCUGUGUGAAAGAGGCUUCUCAUACCACCUCCAAACGUUUACCAAUGCUGUGUGAAAGGGGCUAUUGUUUGUAUGUGGUCCAUGGUGUUCAUGCUGAUCAGCAGAGACAGAAAAUGGGAAGACCUGACAGUUGCUUCAGAGAUGGAUGGGAUGGUCCCGGGUGGUCCCGGGUCAAGCGUUGGAAAGGGGAAAGCAGGCCAGGGAAUCUGUUUUGUGACUUUUGCACUGUGUUUUUAAAGACGUACAGAGCGAUGCUGUCCAAUCAUUUCUUGAGUUUUUUCUUUCCACAAAUGUUCCUCAGUGAUUGAUGGAGCUAAUUGUCCAAAUUGGACUGGAAUGUUUGACGGGGUUUGGAUGAAGGCCACAGAAGACGUUUGCAAUCAAGGUUUAUUUCUAUGUUUUAUUCUUCAUGAAGCUUCUAGUGUUUUUGUGACGUUGUGUGCGUAUACAGUACCAGAUGUUUGCUAACAUAAAGAAAUCGAAAUGGGACGCUGUUGAAUUAAAGAUUUUACAAUAUUAUACUUACA